AGAUUACACCGAGCGGCCUAUUGUCCUAUUGUCCCAAAAAUUUUACUCUAGGAUAUAAUUAUUUGAAUUAUGUGCAAUGAUGCAAAAAAUAAUUUUCCAACCAUUACAAAAAUUUUUUAUGCAUAAUGCGUAAAGUUGUCCUGUUCGCGACCGAUUUAGCUCAACAGAUCUGCAUCACACACACACACACAACUCAAUGCAUUAUCAUUUAUUGCUAUGACAAUAGAUCAAUUGCUUUCCAGACUCGAGACGAAACGAUUUUCUGA